AUGCCCUCCUCACACCCAGACUCAAACCUCCACCCCGUCGCCACUGGAUCCGCCAAAUCCAUCGUCGACGCCCAUCAAGCUGAACAACCACUGAAACUCUACUCCGGGUGGUUCUGUCCCUUCGUCCAGCGGGCCUGGACCGUUCUCGAAGAGAAGAAAAUCCCAUACCAGUACAUUGAAGUCAAUCCCUACGAUAAACCCAAAUCCCUACUCGACCUCAACCCUCGCGGUCUCGUCCCGACGUUGCAGUAUGAUAAUAAGCCUCUCUUCGAAUCAACCGUAAUCUGCGAGUUUCUCGAGGAAGCAUAUCCAGACCACGGGCCUCAUCUUCUCCCCAAAGAUCCUUAUGAUAGAGCGAGGACGCGGAUCUGGACAGACUUCUGCACGUCCCGCAUCAUCCCAGCUUUCCACCGCUUCCUGCAAUUCCAGCCUAUGAGUGAUUCAGAAGGGCUUUCUGUUGUACGGGAGGAAUUCCUCUCCAAAUGGAAAGAACUCACGAAUGAAAUGGAUCCUACUGGUCCUUUCUUCUUCGGAGCUGAGCCUAGUCUUAUUGAUUUUGUUAUUGCGCCUUGGGUCGUCCGACUCUGGAUCUUCGACCACUUCAAGGGCGGUUCCGGGAUUCCGGAGGAGGGGCAAGGUGGGGAGAAUGAGGAUGUUUGGGGACGGUUGAGGAAGUGGAUGAAGGCGCUGGAGGAGAGACCGAGCAUUCGGGAUACGACGAGUGAGAGGGAGUUUUAUUUGCCGAUUUAUCAGCGGUAUGCGGAUGACAAGGCGCAGAGCGAGUUGGCGAAGGCGACGAGGAGUGUGAGGGGUGUGCCUUGA